CCCCAGUCUUCAUUCACAAGCUGUCUUUGUCCUCCGCGGAACUCUUUAUGCCCUCUUGAGUUGAGCCUCUUGAGGCCAACAGACAGCUGCGAUGGCGUCGAGCCUACCAAUUCCAGCUCCACCACGGACGCCAACUCCCCCGACACCUAUCCCCGAGGAGCCCGACGAAGGCCUUGGAAUUGGUGGCACUGGGCACACGGUGCGCUCGACAAUCACGUUCGACUCCAAUGCGUUGUCACCGGUGAUGGAUACGUUCCCAGGGCGCUUUGGAUCUAUGGCUUCACCAAUGCCAUCGUCUGCAGGCUUGAGCACUCCCUCCUUGGGUAGCGAUGGAUUGAUGGCACCCCCACCUCCGCCAGGAGGGCAACGGGGACCCUUUAACUUCCAGACGCAAUCCAUCAAAGACUCGCCAGCAAUGUCAAACUCAGUAUGGGACAGCAAUCUGUUUACUUCAGGUGACAGAAUCAAGCUUUUGAAUGCUAACACAAACGAAAAGAAUAUUGGCAAGCGGCGUGGCCACAGAUACAAACACAGCAGCGUCAGCACGCAACACCAGAUCUUCACCGAACCACCACCUCGAGCGCCGCUUGCACUCCCCGCCUCUCUGCCAAUUCCUACCUUGAAAGAGGCGUGGACGAGCAGGUCGAAGGAACAAACAAGACGGAUGGCCUGGUGUGCUUGUCACGCUCUCGUAGCGAUGUACGUUUUGUACUCUGCAGCCGGGUCUCUCGCUCUCACCGCUCUCUCCCAUCUCAUCUUCUUCGACGCCGUAUCUGCCACAAUUUGCGUGGCUGUUGACGUGCUCUGCAAUUUCGAAGUUUGGAAACGGUCCUCGAUUCGACACCCCUUCGGUCUACAGCGAGCUGAAGUUCUAGCUGGCUUCGCCAUGUCCGUUUUCUUGCUCUUCAUGGGCUUCGACCUCAUAUCACACAAUCUGAAGCAUAUGCUGGAAGGACUGGGUGGGCAUGAAGCGCACCACCCGCACUCACACCAGCGUGUAUCACCGGGCUCCGUCGACUCAGCAGCUCUACUGUCAAUAGUUGCAACACUAACUUCAGCAUACGGUCUGAAAAACCACGCAAGAAUAGGCAAAACAAUGCGCUUCGCAUACAUCGCCUCCCUUCCAAGUAUCCUGUCGAACCCCUCACAUUUCCUCACGCUCUCUUGCAGCACAAUCAUGCUGCUCCUUCCCCUCCUAACAAUUACGCUAUAUAUCUGGCUCGACCGCCUCCUUUGCACCCUUAUCGCGAUCUCGAUGUUCUUCCUUGGCGUCCGCCUGGCUAUCGCUCAAGGCCUCAUGCUUCUCAUGUCGUACUCCGGAAAAGGCGUCGGCGAAGUCAUGUACGAAGUCAACAAGGAACCGAUGAUACUACACAUUGAGGAAGCGCGGUUCUGGCAGGUACAUUACGGCCUCUGCAUGGCGAACCUGAAGCUACGGGUGCGUGGUGAUGAUGUGUCUCUCCAGAAACUCCGAGAGCGCCUCAGCUAUCUGAUUAAGAAUCGACUCGGUGGUGGAUAUGGCAAAGGCGCGAGCAUGAAGUGGGAGGUUACGAUCCAGUUUACGAUUGAACGAUGAUGGAUGUAUGAUAUGUUGGACUAUGUUCGAUUCCUGUAUAUGAUGGAUUCGGGGGGAUGGUUGAUAAUGCAUUUCUGGCGAGAUGGUGGUACAACAUACAUUGCAUUGCAUGAUCAUGGCGUUAUGGAGGAUUGGUGCAUGAAAGCAAUACACAGAGCGUUUGAGAAACACGACGUACAAAUUUCCCUCGAUUCGCUUUCUUUGAUCUCUUACUGCCAUGAAGUCGAGUGGAACUUCUUCCCAUUCCUCCGAUUUCCUUCUCAUCCCAAG